AUGCUCACGAGCGAUGAGAUGAAGGCCUCAUUGGCUGGACAAAGUCUUGACACAAAUGCUGCUCUUCCCCUCUGCCCUGCUGUUCCCCUCUGCCCUGCUGUUCUAUUCCCCUCUGCCCUGCUCUUCCCCUCUGCCCUGCUGUUCUGUUCCCCUCUGCCCUGCUCUUCCCCUCUGCCCUGCUGUUCUGUUCCCCUCUGCCCUGCUCUUCCCCUCUGCCCUGCUGUUUUGUUCCCCUCUUCCCUGCUCUUCCCCUCUGCCCUGCUCUUCCCUCUGCUAAUUUUUGCCUCCUUCCUCGUUGUGCCCUCCCACAACACCGUGAACAUGACCAGUGCCUCCCCACCCUGCCCCACCCGGAACACGGUCAACGUGACGAGGUGGUUUCAGGACGACCUGAAGCUGAAGGAAGAGGACUCAGACUUACUCUUCCCUCUCUCCCCUCUUCCCACCCCCUCUCCCCCCACCCCCCCCCUCCCCCCCUCUCCUACUCCCCUCCCCCUCUCCUACUCUCCUACCCCCCUCUCUCCCUCCCUUCCUCUCCCCCCCUCCCCCUCCCAGAACAUGGUGAACGUGACCAGGUGGUUCCUGGAGGACCUGCAGUUGAAGGAGCAGGACUCGGUCGUGGUGAAGAUGGGUAUAGAGGGGUACGAGUGGGAGAUACUGCAGCACUGGCUGUCCAACCCUCUCCCCCCCCGUCUCCCCCCCUCCCCGUCCCAGAACAUGGUGAAUGUGACCAGGUGGUUGCUAGAGGACCUGCAGUUGAAGGAGGAGGACUCGGUCGUGGUGAAGAUGGAUAUAGAGGGGUACGAGUGGGAGAUACUGCAGCACUGGCUGUCCAACCCUCUCCCCCCCGUCUCCCCCCCUCCCCGUCCCAGAACAUGGUGA